CUAACUGAAGAUGAGAUCAUAAAAGUUGAAUAUUUGAUUUUACAGCUUGUCCAGAAUAAGGAUGACGAUGGUUGUAGAGCUGAACUGGGAGAGUCGAACUACUCUCUUGAUUCUGCUGAACUGAGAAAUGCAACCCUGUGAUGGCUUUGGUGCAGCAAGUAGUGAAUAUUAUUGAAGCUGUUUCUGGGGCACCUGGUGCAGAAGAUUGCAGUGACAAUUGCCUUUCUGCUACUCUAGCUUCUCAGUUGAAGAUCUGCUUUCUUUGUGCAAAUUUUGGCCCAAAUGAAACUGACAUAAUUUCUGUAGUUGAUCAUUUGGUUGUUGUUUGGUGGUCUUUGAGGAGGAGAAGAGUGUCACACUUUGGGCAUGCAACUCAUGGCUUUAUAAAGUAUAUUUUGUAUUCAUCUGCAAAAAUUUGCAAUCAUGGCUUGGCUGACUCUGAUUUUGAGCCUAUGAAGCAAAAAGCUGGCAUCUAUAUUCUGAGGGCUACAGUGUAUGUCCUACAUAUUCUUCUCAUAUAUGGAGCAGAGUUGAAAUAUAUGCUUGAACCUGCUCUUUCAACAGUUCUUUUGUCACCAACCAUGGCAGGAAGUAACUCCCGAAUUGUUUGCUCGGUUAAGUUCUCAUCCUGAGCAAGUGGUUCGGAAGCAGUUGGAGGCCUCACUAAUGAUGCUGGCCAAGCAAUCUCCUUGGUCCGUUGUCUACCCAUCACUAGUUGAUGUGGAUGCUCAUGAAGAGAAGCCUUAAGAGGAGCUUCCACACAUACUUGGUUGUUUGGUAAGGAAAUUUCUUUCAUUAUUUUUAUUAUUAAUUUUUUUUUUCAGGAUGUUGUGCAUUUAGUGCAAUAAAAUUAGACUCAAACAGAAUUGACGGAAAGGACAAGCGGUGUAACGCGAGAUCUACUUGGUGGGAGGAUGUAGCCAUUUUUGGAGAUUAGGGACGAAUCUGUAACUUGGGGUAUAAUUCAAGGACUGUUGCUACAUUUUAGUCAUAUAUUUAUGACUGGGAUCACAGAUGAUGUAGUAUG